GUGCAUGACUUUAGUAAUAUUGUCUAGACUAGUCUAAUUUUGGACAAAUAAUUUCAUGCAAAUGAGAUUAAUUAGAUUAAUUAUGGAAUUGGAGAUUGGGUAGAGCCAUAGAGGAGCUCUAGAGAAAAGAAUAUUGAAAGUGACUAAAAACUGAGACCAAAAAAAAAUCUGUUGGCUUUAUAUUUAUUAAAGCAUUUAAGUGACCAUGAAAUCCCCCAUAGAUUAUCCUAAACCAUUAUGUGGAGAUCUUCCCAAAAAUAGCCAAUAGCCCAAUUUGCCAUGACAACUGCUCUUCAGUUCUCCAUCAAUUUUUCACCUUGCCAAUUGCACACCUUGCAUGGUGACACAUACCGAAAGCCCAUUACUUUCAGAGCCACAAAAGUUUGUACUUUACAUCAUAGCAAGUUUAAAUUGAGAGUUUACAAGGAGAAAUGGUCUUUCUUGGUAGAAGAAAGGUGGAAAGAUGAGAUUUUUCUGAGGAAAAACAGGAAGAGGAGGGGGGUUCUUGUGAGGUUUAAUGAGGGUUUUGGUUUAAAUGGUGGUGAGAAUGGUGGAGGUGGAGGUGGCGGUGGGAAAGACGAUGGUGCCACUGCUAGAAUUCUGGGUAAUCUAGCUUUGGCUAUCGGGUUGACCUAUCUUUCCAUGACUGGACAACUUGGUUGGCUGUUUGAUACCAUUGUUUCCAUUGGGCUUCUUGCAGUUGUUGUACCCAUAGUUGGUAUUGGAGCUUUCCUCUGGUGGGCAGGACGGGAUAUAGUUCAGGACACUUGCCCAAACUGUGGAAAUGAGUUUCAGAUCUUCAAGUCUACUAUGCAAAGUGAUUUGCAGUUUUGCCCUUUCUGCACCCAACCUUUCUCCAUUGUGGAUAAUAAAUUUGUUAGGGACUCUGUCAAAUUCUCCAACCAGUCUACAACAUUCGGAGAAGCCUUCAGUGAUUUCACUCGUUCUAGAAAAGAGAAAAAGUAUUCGUCCAAGGCAGUAGUUGAUGUAGAAGCCGAAAUUAAAGAUGCAGAUUGAGACUUUGUAGUGUAAUCAUGUGAUAUGUAAAUUUGAAGUGGAGAUACCCUUUGUGAACAAGCCCAUUGAGCCAGACUUUAAGAAUUAAAAUGGUUUCAAAGUUGCAAGUGAGAAGCCAAGUUUGAUAAGAAAGAAAAUUCAACCUAUAUAACUUUUGUCGACCAAAUGGCUACUUGCAGUCUUCCUUAAUAAUAUUCUAUUCUUUUGUAUUUAUAAUUUUGAUGCUCAUGUAAGGAAAGAUAUGACAUAAGUAUAGUACAUACAUUGUUAAAUGAGAAUCUAUUGGUUAGAAGACUAAGCUCAUUGGCAAUUGCCUAUUAAAGCAACUAUUAGAUUAUGGAAAGAAAAAAAA